UAGACAAAUUAAACGGAGAUAUAUAUAGAGAGAAUGAAAACAUUCUCCUUUUUAUUAUUGUGUUUGGUGUUAUUCAUUGCACAACAUAGAAUUGAAUGUGCACCGUGGCAGAAAGCUCAUGCAACUUUCUAUGGUGGAGCCGAUGCCUCGGGAACAAUGGGUGGUGCAUGUGGCUAUGGGAAUCUGUACACAGACGGUUACGGUACGAAGACGGCGGCUCUGAGUACCGUUCUGUUUAAUGACGGGAAGGCAUGCGGCGGUUGCUAUCAGAUAGUUUGUGAUGCAAGCCAAGUGCCGCAAUGGUGCCUUAAGGGCACUUUCAUCACAGUUACUGCCACAAACUUUUGUCCUCCAAACUAUGCACUCCCUAAUGACAAUGGCGGUUGGUGUAAUCCUCCAAGACCACACUUCGACAUGUCUCAACCUUCCUUUCUAACCAUCGCCAAAUACAAGGCCGGCAUCGUACCCAUACUGUAUAGAAAAGUUGGGUGCAGAAGGAGUGGAGGAAUAAGAUUUAGCAUCAAUGGAAGGGAUUAUUUCGAAUUAGUGACGAUAAGCAAUGUAGGUGGAGUUGGGGAGAUAGGGCAAGUGUGGGUAAAAGGGUCAAAGAAGAAUGUUUGGGAAGCAAUGAGCAGGAACUGGGGUGUUAACUGGCAAAGUUUAAGCUAUCUCAAUGGACAGAGCUUGUCCUUCACAGUUCAACUCACCAAUGGAAGAACCCUCACUGCUUAUAACGUAGCACCCUCCAAUUGGAAAUUUGGCCAAUCUUUCACCUCUAAUGUUCAGUUCAACUAAUUAAUCACUAUACAUAUCCACAUGUAUCCAUCCAAAUAGGCUCAACAAUUCAAACAUUGUGUGCAGUAUUUGAUGACUAUAACAGCUAUAUAGCAAAUCUUGUCACUCAAGAAAGGCAUAUGAUAAGAGUAUUAUAUUUUGACCUGUUCAGCGAUAAGUGUUUGUGAUGUAAUCAUAUUACCGUGGUAAUUUAUCAAGUCUAUUAAAA